CCCCGCCCUCUCCCCGCGCCAGAGGCACCGCCGCCGCCGCAGCCGGGUCCAUGCCCGCUGGAGCCCCCGCCUGCCGCCGCCCGCAGCCCCGGCAUGGACGUUCGGUUCUACCCCUCCGCCCCCCCCGCCGUGGGCUCGCUGCCCGGCGCGGACCCCACUUGCCUCGGCCCGCUGGAUUAUUAUCACUGCAACAAGUUUGAUGGGGAGAACAUGUACAUGGGGAUGAACGACAACGCCCAGGAGUUUCUAUCGGCCAAUCAGACGUACAACAGUCAGAAUGAGAACAACGAGGACUACGAGAUCCCUCCCAUAACGCCUCCCAACCUCCCCGACCCGUCCCUCCUGCACUUGGUGGACCAUGAAACUGGAUACCACUCUCUGUGCCACAGCCUCCCUCCCAACAGCCUGAUCCCAGCCUAUCCCUACCAGAACAUGGACCUGCCAGCCAUCAUGGUGUCCAACAUGCUGAGCCAGGAUGGGCACCUCCUCUCCAGCCAGCUGCCCACGAUCCAGGAGAUGGUGCACUCGGACGCCGCGUCCUACGAGUCCAACCGCCAAGUGCCGCUGCUCAACCGGCCCGGCAUGCUGGGCGGCCCCAUGGGAGCCCUCAGCCAGUCCCAGCUCAUCUCCCAGAUGGGCAUCCGCAGCGGGGUCACCCACGGCUCCCCCUCGCCCCCGGGAAGCAAGUCUGCCACCCCAUCUCCCUCCAGCUCCACUCAGGAAGAGGAGACCGAGUCGCAUUACAAGGCUACUGGAGAGAAAAGACCCUCAACAGACCUGGGUAAAAAGCCCAAAAGCCAAAAGAAGAAGAAGAAGAAGGACCCCAAUGAGCCCCAGAAGCCCGUGUCAGCCUAUGCCCUGUUUUUCAGGGACACACAAGCAGCCAUCAAAGGGCAAAACCCCAAUGCCACCUUUGGGGACGUGUCGAAAAUCGUGGCAUCGAUGUGGGACAGCCUGGGAGAAGAACAAAAGCAAGCAUACAAGAGGAAAACAGAAGCUGCCAAGAAGGAGUACCUGAAAGCCCUGGCUGCGUACCGGGCCAGUCUCGUCUCCAAGAGCUCUGCCGACCAGGGGGAGACGAAGAGCACCCAGAGCAACCCCCCUUCCAAGAUGAUCCCCCCCAAGCAGCCCAUGUACCCCAUGCCUCCGCAGGCGUCCUCUCCCUACCCCGGCCUGGGCUCCUUCCUGUCCCCGUCGGACCUGCAGAGCUACCGUGGCCACCCCCACGCGGGGCUGUCCCGGACCCUGCCCUCCAAGCCCCUGCUGCCCAGCAUCAGUGCCUCCCCGCCGCCCUCCUUCCAGAUCAGCCCCCCGCUCCACCAGCAGCUGUCCUUGCACCACCCGCAGAGCUCGCUGCUGCCCCAGCCCCUCAGCAUGCAGCAGGUCCCCCAGCAGCCCCUCCUGUCCCCCCCCAUGGCACUACAGGUACAGCCCCCCAUGAACGCCUCGCCUCCCGGCCAGCAGGACUUCUCCCACAUUUCGUCUGAGUUUCAGAACAGUGUUGGACCCCGUUCUCCUGGUGCAUCAAACCCCCCAGGAAGCACUGAGUGGGACAACGACUACCCCAGCAGGGAGUGUGGGGUCAACCACUGCAGCAUGCUGCCAAGGGACAAGGCACUCUACCUCACCUAAGCUCAGCACCCCUUCGGGAGGAGGCUCAGACGAAGGACACUUGAGGGGGUCAAUCCUCCAGCCCCGCGGGAGGCGCGCGGGUCGGACGGGCGCGGCGGCUGCCACCGCGCCUCAGCGCUGGCUUCGUUCCCAGGCUCUGAGAGCAGUUUUCUUUGUUUUCCUUUUCUUUUUGAACUCUAAACAAAAAAAAAAAAAUAAGUCUACUUUCUGUGGAAGUCCCCCUCCCCCCCGCCCCAAAAAAAAUAAAAAUAAAUACCCCACCUCGUAAAUCGCAAAGAACAAAAAAAUAAAUAAAGAGAGAAAAUUCAAAUAAAAAUAAUAAAAUAAGUGCAAAACCAACAAAAAAAUAAUGAAGUUAAACUAAGGACACCGUUUUUCUGCUUGCCAUCAGCUUAGCUACGGACUAUUUUCCUAGUGAACUGCUUUUAGACGCAGCAUAAACCCAGGUCUGGUGUCCUGCAGCAUUAGGCCAGCUCAGUAGGAGGAUGCACUCUUUUGACUUGCUAACAGCACUAAACUUUGUGCAAGAAAAUGUGAAGUUUGUGUGAAUAUUGUAAAUGCAAAGGCCUUGGACGGUCUGGCGAAAAAAAAAAUUACAAAAAUAAAUAAAAACUAUUGCUAGGUAGGUGGGGGAGAGAGCAGAAGGCAAACUAUGAGAGGACAAAUGUGAAAGAGAUCAUGAAAAUAUAAUUUGUUGGAUAGUUGUAAGUAGUUUACUAAGUGUUUUAGAGCUGUGCUAAAGACAUCUUUAAGAUUUUUUUGUGAAAGAAAUUAGUAGUUUACUUUAUAGUAAAAGCAUUUUAUAUUAAUUGUAGCACAUUUUUUAGUUAUACAUAGAAGGGAGAUGUGUAUAAAAAAACAACAAAAAAAGCCUGCCAAACUUGUUUCUAUUAUUUGUACAGCAAGAAAUGGACAAUUUAUAUCCAUGUUGUAUGGCAUUAUUAUUUUUUUCUGGCCAUAUGUCCAUCUAUUUAAAAAAUUGCUGACAAUGAUUUUUGUCUAUUUAUGAAAAAUUAGAGAGCAUAAUUACAGUUUCUCAUAAGGUGCAUUUUUGGGGUUUUUUUUAAUUUUUUAUUUUGUUUGAGGGCGCUGCUUUGGCAGCACCUGGCACAUUCGGUUCACAAUGCUUAUCUUACCUUUCUUUAUAAUAAAACGUAUGAAAAGUA